AUGAUCUAUGAUAGUUUGUUAACAUAACCAUUAAUAAAUGAUAAUUUAUUCACUUUUUAACCAAAAGGUAUAGAAUAAAUGAUUGUUUAUGAGAUGAAUAAUACUAAUAAAUAAAAGAUAUUCUUGUUAAGGGUGGAGAUGAUUGGUUUUUAUUUCCUUAAUAGCAUAUAAAAUCAAAACACCUGCUUAUAAAUAAAAAUGGCAUAAAUGUGAAUUUGAUAAGAACAAAUGAAAAUGGUGAGUUCAAAACUGAGAUUGAAUUUGGAAAUUAGUAUUUAACUGGAUGUAUGAGUCUUGAUGGGUAGUAUUUAAUAACUUAAGAUGUUAGUUCAUCUGAAAUUCAAAUUAGAAAAUAAAUUCAAAUUAGAAAAUAAAUUGAAAUAUGA